AUGGGAGACGAACCAAUAGUGAUCUACGGCAAUCCGGCGAGCCAGCCGUCGCGAGCAAUCAUGUGGUUCUGCCACGAGAAUUCGAUACCGUUCGAAUUCAAGAUGGUCGACCUCGGCAAAGGCGAGAACAAAACAAAGGAAUUCGUGGACCUCAAUCCCAACAAAACCGUUCCCGUUCUCAACGAUAAUGGUUUCGUGCUCUACGAAAGUGCCGCGAUCUUGUCCUACUUGGCUCGACGAUUCAAGGUGAAGGACCAUUGGUACCCACAGGACCCUCGUGCGCGCGGACUGGUGGACCAGUACCUCCACUGGCACCACACUCACCUGCGAAAGGGCGCCGCUUCGCUCUUUUUCUACGCCAUGAUAGCGCCGCUGUUCGACGGAUCCAGGGACUUUGCCGAAGAGAAGAAGGCCGCCAUCUUGGACCUGGAGACCUCGCUUCAGAUCAUCGACGCACGACUAGCCAACACCCAGUUCAUCGCCGGGGAUGAGAUCAGCAUCGCGGACAUGCAGGCGGCGACCGAGUUCACGCAGCACGUGCUGGCGAACACGUACGACUUCACGGGCUAUGCCAACGUCACCCGAUGGCUGGGCGUGCUGAAGGAGAUGCCCGCCUACGCCAAGACCCACACACCCGUGGCCGAGCUGUUCGACCAGCUCCGAGCCUCGUCCAAGCUUCGAUCUUCCUAG